AUGGAUACCGAUGCCCUCCAAUGCAUCAUUUGCCCCGGGCAGCCUGAUUUCAGUGAUGUUUCUCACUUGUUGACCCAUGUCGCAUCCAAGGCUCAUUUGUCCCACUACUUCAAACUUCAAGUUCGCAGCCACCAGGAGCUUCAGGCUCUAGAACUGCUCGAUGAGUAUGACCACUGGUACAAGGUCAAUAACCUGGCACAGAUGCUGUCCGAUCGCAUGACCGCCAAGGAUGCUCGCAAGAAGAAGGCUCAGGGAAAGACGAGCAAUGCCCAUGUACCGCCUGCCAGGAAGCAAACGCACAGGACACAACCGGUGGAGCCCAGCCCUCGCCCAACUGGCUCAAUCCUCGAUUUCCUGGAUCCCCGCCUGGCGGGUUCUUCCAAAGACGUGAAGAAUGACCCCGAGACCGCGGACGUCUCGUUCCUCUCACCAUACAGUACCCUGGCUACUGCUGCGGCGACCGAUGCCCAUGUGACUCCUCGUGUGAAUGCAGCUAUGUGCCCAAAACAGCCAUCGAACAACUCGAAAUCGAAUACAUGGCCGCAAGUGGCAUAUGGCUCUGGUACGACUCUUCCUGUGACUCCGAAGCGGCCACAAAGCGGAAGAAUUGGUGAGAUACCUUUUGACGAGGACAGCCCUGAUCCCUUUGUCGACCGUGGUGGCCGUUCGAGGACCUUAGAUGAUGCCGAGGUUGACAAGGCCCGCGCCGAAGAGAUGGCACGGCUCAAGGGAGUUCUUUGGCCUGGCAUGGAUGUUUUCGAUUCUGCCACGCAGCAGAUGCGACGCAAGCGCAACCAGAGAAAAGAUAGCAGUGUUUUGAAGAGGAUGGAAGCAACUUCUCUGCUGGUGGAGCCCACAGAACUUGUGUUCUCUCCCACGGGCAUUUUGCGAAAGCAGCGUGUCAUCUCGGGCAAUGUUGAAGAUGACAGCCCCUUGAAAGGAGAAACUCCUAUUCCCAAGCGGCGUCCAGUUCGUCCCAAGCGUGGCAUUCUGCGUCAAGGUGAUCCCAAUGUGCUUCGUGCUCAAGACAGAAAACGGACCAGAAGAGCUGGUCACCAGGGCUUUGACCGGGAAGCGGACGAGUCAGACGAGGAGACUCCUGGCUCCCCCCGUCCCUUCCGUCGUUUGGCGGGUCUCAACCCUUCGUAUGCCGGCGAUGAUGGUGAAUUUGGCCUCUCUGCUCAGGCGUUUGGAACACGACCUCGCAGCGCCUUUACCAUCUUCGCUGAUGAGGAUCGAGACAAAACGAACUUCAAAGAUCAGCGUCUGGACACCAAACUGCAGCUCGGCACGCUGACCCCCGCUCGGCUGUUUUUGGAUCGCAAGUCGGAUAUUUCUGGCAAUCACGGAUCUCAUACUGACCAUGCCUCCCUUGGCAAGGAAAACAUCGAACCCAUUUUGAACCCCCAGGGCCGAAUUGACAACCCUUGGCAUUCUCCAUUUUCCAAGCGCCGUGACUCUGUUGACACUGGAUACAUGCCCCGCUACUUUUCCAAUGAGCCUUCAAGCGUGGGAUUUGGGGCUGGCGAUGACCAUGAAAAAGGCGCAUAUCGAUCGAACCCUCUGCUCGCUCCCUCCUCGAAGCUGGCGUUUUACGACAACAGUGGCUGGCCCACAAUGUCGUACGCCGCUUCCUCCGAGGAAACUAUCUCUGAAGAUGAUCAGCAUGAUUUCAGCCGGCUCUACCUGGACAGCAGUGCUGACUAG